AAUAAAUAUAAUAUUAGCCUCCCUCCGCGGUGGGGGGCCUUUCUCUCUCUACUGUCUCUCACCUUCGCGGAACGAACCAAACCCAUCUCUCUCUCUCCAUCCCACCGGCCAUCACAUUAGAAUCUAAUAGCUGUUCUACCUCUCCCUCUAUCUCUGCCCAUAUAUUUGUGUAUGUCUAUUUGUGUGUUUUAUGUGGGUAGAUAUACGCCACAGUCUCAGAGGGAAAAAUUCAUAGAUUAAUCUCUGGGUGUGUACCACUCGAGUCUUUUGUUUGCUUCAAUACCCUAUGGUUGAAAUCUCUGUUGCAGUGGAAAUUUGAGGUGGGGAGUAAGUCUGUGAUUAUAUUUAUUGUUUGUUGAUUUUCCCUUUGUUUUUAGGUUAUUUUGUUGUUAUGGAGAGAUCCGAUGGGAAUGGUUUCAAGAAUUUCACCGACGCUUCCAGCAGCUCGAUUUCUGAUAGCGGGCUGUUCGAUGCAUCUCAUUAUGCAUUUUUUGGGAAGGAUAUAGUGGAUGAGGUAGAGCUGGGUGGUUUGGAGGAAGAAGAGAGUUCUCCUGCAAUUGGCGGAGGAUUUGGUGGCGAAGAUGAGUUGCAUGAGUAUCAUUUAUUUGAUAAAGAUGAGGGAUUGGCUUUAGGAUCUUUAUCCGACAUAGAUGAUCUGGCUACUACAUUUGCUAAGUUGAACAAAGUUGUUACUGGACCAAGACAUCCUGGAGUUAUUGGUGAUCGAGGAUCUGGAUCUUUUUCAAGGGAAAGUUCAUCUGCUACUGAAUGGGCACAAGAGACGGAUUUUCCUGAUUGGCUUGAUCGGCAUAUUUCUGAUUCUGAAUAUUAUCAAGAAAGCAAGAGGUGGUCAUCCCACCCACAUCUUUCUUCAGUUCAUCUUUCAGAAUCAAGACCAUUACACAGAACAUCUUCGUAUCCUGAGCAGCAGCAGCAGCAGCAGCUCCAGCACUAUGCUAGUGAGCCUAUUUUAUUACCACAGUCAUCUUUUACUUCCUUUCCGCUGCCAGGAUCUCAACAACCUUCUUUGGAUAAUUUACAUCAUCUUAAUUUGCCCUCUCUCUCUAGGGGAAAUCAGUCACCCUUCUCUGCUCCAAACAACUCUCCUUUAUCUAAUUCAAAUCUGCAUUUGUCUGGCUUGCCUCGUGGAUCGCACUAUAAUGCAAACACUUCAAACUUAACCUCACCUAAUCUCUCUCUUAAUAGAAGGCUACAAAACCACUGGACUAGCCAUGCGGGCCUCCUUCAUGGGGACCAUUCCAGUCUCUUGAACAAUAUCUUGCACCAUCAAUAUCAGAAUGCAUUGUUGUCGCCGCUGCUAAUGACCCCACAUCAUCAGAGACUGCAUCCAUCACUUCAACCAUCUUUAGCCCAUUUUCCAGCACUACGAUCUCAACAGUUUAAUAGCUUCCCUUCACCAUCACAUUUGAGUAAAUAUGGAUUGGCUGAUAAGAGGGAGUCAAAGUCAAAAUCGGCAACAAAAGGUAGAAAUAGUGUGCGAUUCUCUCGCCAAGGUUCUGAUUCUAGUACCCAAAGGAGUAAUAGUAAUUUGUCUCAGUUUACGUCCAAGUACAUGACAGCUGAAGAAAUAGAGAACAUUCUCAAAAUUCAGCAUGCUGCAACCCAUGGCAAUGACCCAUAUAUAGAUGAUUAUUAUCACCAAGCUCGUCUUGCAAAGAAAUCAGCUGAAAUGAGGUCAAAGUUUCGUUUCUUCCCAUCUCACCUGAGGGACCAACCUUCCAAAUCCCGUCACGGUGCAGAAUCCCAGCCACAUCUCCAUGUUGAUGCUCAUGGGAGGAUUUCAUUUUCUUCUAUCCGCAGGCUCCACCCACUUCUUGAAGUUGACUCUCCUCCCUCUGCUUCUGGUGAUGGAAAUGCUGAACAAAAAAUAUCUGAAAAGCCUUUGGAGCAAGAACCAAUGCUUGCAGCAAGGGUUACAAUUGAGGAUGGCCUUUGUCUUCUUCUAGAUGUAGAUGAUAUUGACCGAACCCUACAAUUCAGUCUACCCCAAGAUGGUGGCAGUCAGCUUCAACGGAAGCGGCAUAUUCUGUUAGAAGGAUUAGCAGCCUCUCUUCAGCUUGUUGACCCACUUGGAAAAAAUGGUAACACUCUUGGGAUGGCUCCCAAGGAUGACAUUGUGUUUCUACGAAUAGUCUCUAUUUCGAAAGGUCGGAAACUUGUCUCAAGAUUUCUACGGCUUCUUUUACCUGGUAGUGAGCUUGCCCGAAUAGUUUGCAUGGCCAUCUUUCGUCAUUUAAGAUUUCUUUAUGGAGGCCUUCCCUCUGAUCCUGGUGCAAUCGAGACAAUUAGUAGUCUUGCUAAAUCUGUGUGUCUGUGUGUCAGCAGUAUGGAUCUUAAUUCUCUUAGUGCUUGUUUGGCUGCAGUAGUUUGUUCCUCAGAACAACCACCUCUCCGUCCUCUUGGGAGUCCUGCAGGAGAUGGUGCCUCAGUCAUCUUGAAAUCUGUAUUAGAAAGAGCAACGCACUUACUAACAGAUCAUCAGACUGAUAGCAACUUUAGCAUGCCGAAUCCUGCCCUUUGGCAGGCUUCAUUUGAUGCCUUUUUUGGUCUAUUGACCAAGUAUUGCGUGAGUAAAUAUGACAGUAUAGUACAAUCAGUUUUUGCUCAAACCCAGCCAAACACAGAGGUAAUUGGUUCAGAGGCUGCACUAGCUGUAAGCAGGGAAAUGCCUGUGGAACUUCUCCGUGCUAGUCUUCCACACACUAACGAGCAUCAGAGGAAGUUAUUACUUAAUUUUGCUCAGCGAUCUAUGCCUGUUAUUGGUUCCAAUGUUCAUGGUGAAAGCAGUGGACAAAUAAAUCCUGAAUCAGUGAUGGGUUAGCAAAGAUCUCAUAGAAGCUUUGCAGUUAUACAGGCUUAGGUCUGUGUCCUUCUCUUGGCAUCGUUUUAAUGCCUCGGGUUCCUACUAACUUAUGAAUUCCUAAGGUUCCUAUCUUCUUUCCCUCUCCCUCUUGUAGGGAAGUGGUUACAUGCUGCUUAUUUCAGUAAAAUAUUGUCUUUAACUGUUUGUUGUGUCGAAUGUUCGCCUGUCAUCUGUGGAGCUUUAUUUUGAUGCUCUUCCGUAAAAACUCUGGAGAAUAAACACAAGGGUGAAAUGUACAGGUUGUCCAACUUUCUCAUUUGAAUUCGUCCUCUAAUCUCAUCUAGAGUUAUUGAGAAAGAAAAUCUUAUUCGUCGAAAGGAUUAUGGUGUAUGUUGGAAAGAAGGUGGCUAGUCCUGCAAAUGUGCUGCCUGCUUCUUUAAGGGGAAACUUGUAAUGGUAUAAAAAUAGUUGCUCAUUUGCUGAAUAUUUAGAUGUCACAGUAGCCAUUUUUACAGGAUAUUCGCAUAACUCAUGUCUUAUUUGCUGCUGUUUUUUCUUA